CGUACUUUUGUAUUAUGGGACACGUUGCCUAGUUUUACUACACGUAGCUGUACACGUAGCACGCUCAUGGCGACUACGUGUAGAAUCGGUUUGAACUUACCUGUUCGUCAGUUUCCGGAGCGUGCAUUUGACGCUCUCAGAGGACAUCUGGACAAAGAGGACGAAACAGGAAAAUGUGAUUGGCGAACUCUCGUUACGAAGCUGCAAUUGAACGAAGAACAAAUUGAAAGCGUCAGAACAUCGGAAAAUAAAUCGAAGAGGGCCCUUUUUUUCUGGCAACAGAACGAAUCAGUUGAAGAUCGAAAUGGUCGCGAAUUGGUCAGAGUGCUGUAUGACAUGGGACGGAGAGACUGUGCCAGAGAAAUUGAGCGAUUUCUAGGGCAGAGGUACAAACCAGAAUCAUGGCAAUAUGAGGAUAUACUGGAGGCUGCUCGUGUGGGAGAUGUCAAUGAGCUAGCAGAGCUUAUUGGGGAUAAGACGGGUUCUGAACUGGAACAGAAGUUCUCUGACAUGUAUCAAUCACCGCUACACUCUGCUGCAUUUUAUGGUCACUUACCUGCAAUCAAGUUUCUGGUUGAGAAAGGCUUUGAUGUUUUCAGAAAGAAUCAUGAGCAGAAGACACCUCAUGAGAAAGCAGUCGAUUUAGAAGUACUGUCAUUUCUACAAGAACAGGAAUUAAAAUUGGCCAACCCAGAAAUAUCAUACUCUGUUGAAACAAGUCUCCUCGACAGAGCAGCAGCAACAGGUGACAUCCAAACAAUAAAGCAUUUGUUGGAGAACAACUCUCCUGUUGAUCAAGCUGCACCUGCAGGCUCUAUUAUUGGUUGGACACCUCUACAUUCUGCUUCUAAGAACGGCCACUUGCAAGCAGUUAAGCUUCUUGUGCAAAAUGGAGCAGACAUACUUAAACUUGAUCAGGACGGUUACUCUGCUGAAGAUCUUGCAAGAAUUACAGAGCAUACUGAUGUGGGAUACUUUCUCAGGCAGAAACGUGAAUGGUUGGAACAGAACAGACGUGGAGUGCACAAAGAACUGAGAGAAAAGCUGUUAGGAACGAGCAUUACUGUCUAUCAGGAAGACAAUGAAAAAGGCCCCGAAGAGUAUCUAAUUGAGACUCUGGACUUGCAUGAGAUUGUAGAUGGUAUUGCAAAGCUUUUGGGUUCUCCUGUGAAGUGUUUGAAAAACAAGACUAAUAGAGCAGUAGUCAGCGAAGUGAAAGAUUUACUCUUUGCAACUGAUGUACUUGCUGAUACUCAUGAUGCAGAGCAAGAGCUUUCUCAACUUGAACCAAUGGAAGCAGGAGCAGACGGUAAUUACAAUGUGUACGUCCAGCACAUGGAAACAUAUUGGUCUCACUCACUCAAAAAGCUGUCAUUCACUCUUGAUGAAGCAUAUGAGGAUGUCUUGGGUCGUGCUAAACACCUUCUUGGAAAGCCCACAGAGUGUUUUUACACUUCUGAGAAAUUGUCACGGAUUCGAAACAGUGCAGUUUUAGCAACCAAGAACAGAGUAAUUGCUGCCAGAUUAAAGUACAAACUCAAAGAGCAACCUGGAGUUCUGGAGCCUCAAGUUUUAGGUCAACUUGUUAGCAAAGAAUUUACAAACGAAGGAGGUUCACUGUUCAGUUUUCGCCAUGGUGUUCUGUUAACUGUACCUCCUGGUAGUGUGAGAGACACGGACAGGGUCAGGAUUACUAUCAAAGUGCAGCAAUCAAGCAUGAAAAUGGAUCUUGGACGUGAAUGGGGUAGACUGUUACCGAUUGGUCACCCAGUUUUGGUGCAAACAGAACCACGCCGCUACAAGUUCAGUAAACCAGUCAAAUUACGUAUUCCACAUUGUGGUGUUUAUGAGCCAAAUAAGGAGGAUGGUGGAAUUUCAGUGAUGACAGCUGGCCUGCUUGAAGAAAAGCACCCAACAGUCUUUCAAAGAAUGGCAUCAGAUCAACUUAAGGCUUCUGACAACUAUGUGCUGCUCCAUUCUCUGCAGUUAUCAUGGUUUUGGGUGUUCACAGAAAGCAGUGUUUAUAGUCGUCAAUGUGCAGUUUCACUAUAUUCGCCAUCUGACACAGAAGCCAGAGAAAACCAAGAAUUUGACUUGAAGUUGGCUAUCUAUCCUAAUUUGCAUUUUUUUGCAACAUGUGCUGCCAAACAAAUCAACAAAGAAGAUCCAGAAGCUGGAUGUGUUCCUCGGUAUCAGCUAAAGGCAAGGAAGAGAAUUGUUGUUUCAUCCAGAGGCAACAUCACAGCUGCAUUUUGCAGUAACCUAAGCGAUGAAUGGAGGAUACGGCCCAAUACUCAGAUUAUGAAUUUUGAUGAUGUGUGGGAAUCACUGUUCUUAUGCAAACAGAACCAACCAAUCUACACAGUUGGUUCAGCCUGGCUAGGUCAAGCAGAUAAAAACAAACUUUCAUUUGAUGUGAAAGUCACUUUGAAUGGUGAAGACCAGUCUGUUUGUCCCAGUCAGGUAAACGUGUUCAUUGACUUACCUGGCAAUGGAUUUGCAAAGAAUAUUGCAUAUCCUCCCCAUCUUAGUGAAGAUUUAAUUGUCAAACAGCUUGAUGCUGAGUGUGGAGGGGUUGAUGAAGGUGGUUGGCGUGCACUUGCUGAAGAUCUUGGAGUUUUUCUGAAUGAGUUGGAUAAUUCUGGAAAACAGAUCGACCAGCCAACACGCACUAUUUUACAAAAGUUCAAGGAACGCCAAGGAGAUUUACAAGAGCUGAUAGAUGCCUUGAUACAUCUUGGACUGGAAUUCUAAGUGUGUAGCAGGGUAACAGCGUUUUUGAAAGGACACUGCUAAUGCUGCUGCUUCUGUUGUUGCUUUACUCUGCUUCUGCUGCUGCUGCUGCUCUUAUGUUGUUGCUGGCAAUGGGGUUUUUACUUCCGUGGUUUAUGGACUGGACUUGUUUUGUUAAACACAUAUGUUGUCGGUUUUACUAUAUAUGCUUACUAAUUUGCUAAUGUGCCUGAAGUUUUUUAAAAUUAAAUCGUUUAUCUUCUCUGUUUGCUCAGAAA